AUGUCGGCGUCUUUCUACACGUUGGCGAGUGGACAAGCUCUGUGUGAACAAAUACAAGCGCACUCGCCAACUCGCCGGCUUCUUACACUCUUGCGACUCCCUCCCCUCCCACCCGUGCAAUUAGAUGAUGGGUUCACUGAAAUGGCUUUGACUCCAGCAGCUGAUGAACCCUCUUUAGAACAAUUAAAAGAAAUCAGCGGAGGACUUUUUGAUGACUAUGUUCCUCGAGUAUCAGUUGAAGAGGUAGUUAAGAUGGCCGUGGAUUUUGAAAAUCCACCAGUCGAGCCCGUUUAUCCUCAAUCAUUUUUAUCGAUGGCUAAUCUCAGCGACGAUGAAGAGACAUUUGACCAUCAGAAGGAAAGACCGUUUCUCAGGAUCAUCGAGCAACCAGCUGAACAACCGUUCCCCGAUCCAGUUGAAGUUGAACGAGUCAUUGCUCAAAUUAACACGGAAGAUCCCUCAGCACAAAAGCAUCGCCAUAUGAAAGACAAGACAAAGCCUAGCUGCGACAACCAAGGACGGCUCUUUUGGGGAGAUGAGAUUGCCGCUAGUUCCUCACCCAUCCCAACUUCUUCUAAGGGAAAAGAGCCGCAAAAAAAACUGACAACCCUGGUAUCCAUUUCACCAAUCUGUCCUGUGGACCGGGUGAGAAAAACGAAGGUGGAUACAUCAUCUCAAACAGAACGUGAGGAGCCCCAACCGAAUGAAAUAGCUUCAGGAGCUGCAGAUCAAGCGAGUGCUGAGCCUGCAAUUGUCCGGCCAGCUAAUGUACCCUUUCAAGUGUAUGUGGAGGAAGAGGAAGAUUUACCACCCGCACGUCCUAACAGGCAGUCUUACCACCCUGGGUUAGAAAUCUUACUAGGAACCCCAGAUCCUGACCAUCCAUCGGUGAGGGUCCCGCAGCGCAACCCCCUCGCGGACAUAGUAGACGAGCCUGUCCGCCGUCGGAGAAGACAAGCAAAUCAAGAAUCUAUGUUUAUUUCGACCUUGACCAGGCGCACCUAUGGGAGUCUUCGUCACACCUAUGAAUCGUUCAGGGGAAACUUUGACAGCGGAUCCAAGCUUAAAAAUGAGGUUGCUGGCUAUAUCAUCAGACAAGAGUUUUUAUCUGAUGAAGAUGAAGAAGAUCAAGGGUGGAGAUAUCAACAUGUAUUGGAGCCCCCUCGCUCAGGCUGGCCGUUGGCAGAAGAUGAUAUCCUCGACAAUGAUUGGCUACGCUUCAGCUGGCGAGAUCAUUUUCAGUGGCGUCAGUUCACUGACGAACAACACGAAAUUAGACCGGACCCAGUUCUUCCUGAGAAUUUCCGCUAUGACAGAGCACCUCUUGUGAGUGAUAUGGUAAGAAUGACUUACCCGAAUUGGGACGAUGCACACUAUAAUAUACAAGAUCUGCUGGCCCCCAUACCACCUCCUGAGGAGGUAUAUCAGCAAGAUCAAGCUGGUGCAGUUGGCCAAUCCACCUCGCGCGAACCGACUCCGGCCAGAGUUACAGGCGAAUUCCAAACACCUUCUCUUCGUAUAGCUCACAGCCAUAGCAGUAAGGACACUCUUAAAUCAUUUGGUUCAUCCAUCCUCGCACCACCAUCAUCUGUGUCCAGUGGAACCGAAAUUGUCAAAAGCAUCGGUUCAUCGGGACUUGGUCUUGCGCCGGUCGAAGAGGAGCAGGAGGUUACAGCAGGACCAUCAGGUGAAGGAGCACAACCUGCCUUACCAUCAGGGUCCGCACCCGAUGUGUGGUGGUUAAAUCCAGCUACAGAGCAACCUGCACAAGAUCCCCACGAACCAGCAACAGAGCAACCUGCACAAGAAACAGUGCAACCCGCACAAGGUCCACCUGGUGACCACCAAGUACAAGUCCAACCCGAACCUCCUCUACCUGAAGCAGGAAGAGCAGAAGACUUUGUCUUCGCAGUACCUGAAGUACCACGAAGAUCUACAAGAGCGAGAGACCCUGUCAACUAUCGGGAGCCUGUUGAGGAUCGACCCAGGAGGAAGAGACGACGAAGGAAGAGGAACCCCAAUGCUAAUCAGGGUGAUGCCGCUCAAGUGCCGCAAGAGGUUCCACAAGUACAAGAACCUCCCCAGUAUGACCAACCGGCUGAUUUGCCUCCUGCAGAUUUUCCCGCUCCCCAGGCAGAUGUUCCCGCUCCUGAGGCAGAUGUUCCCGCUCCCGAGACAGAUGUUCCCGCUCCCCAGGCAGAUGUUCCCGCUCCCGAGACAGAUGUUCCCGCUCCCGAGACAGAUGUUCCCGCUCCCGAGACAGAUGUUCCCGCUCCCGAGGCUGAUGUUCCCCCUUUCCUGUUAGAUGUUCCCGCUGCUGUAGAUGAGAGGUACAUUGUCUAG